AUUCGAUCCAAUUCCACACAAUGUAUGCAUUUUUGUCGUGCCGCUUAAAAUUUUUCAAAUUGCCAACUACAUUUCGAUCGCAACAUGACAGCUUUUCUGUUGCUGUUCAUUUUCGUCGGAAUCGCUUCCGUAACGGCUGAAAAAUAUCCCAGCAAAUACGACGAUGUCGACGUAGACAGGAUACUCCAGAACGGUCGUGUCCUCGCCAAUUACAUCAAAUGCUUGUUGGACGAAGGCCCGUGCACUAACGAAGGCCGAGAAUUAAAAAAAACAUUGCCUGAUGCUUUAUCCUCGGGUUGUAGCGAAUGCAAUGAGAAGCAAAAGAAUCACUGCAACAAGGUAAUAAAUCAUCUGAGAACUAAAAGGCCAAAUGAUUAGGAGCGACUUGUCGCAACAUGCGAUCCAGAUGGCCAGCAUAAAAGCCGUUUUGAGGACACUCAAAUUAUAAAAAAAGACUUAAACCUUAAAUAAAGAAUAACGAUAUCAUUUAUACAAUGAAAACACAUCAAAAGUGAUAGUUUUUGUUAAUAACCACUACAACGAUGUUCAAUGAAAUGUACACAUACGUAGACGUA